CUGGCACGCGUGUGUGUGUGGGAGCUGCAGGAUGGAAGCCGUCGCUCUCUUCUCCUUCACCGCCGCGGAGCCUGACCAGAUCAGCUUCCAGAAGGGUGAUGUCAUCAAGGUGAGCGCCGGUGCUGUGGCCGUGUGCGCGCCGGCUCUCACGCGCGCGCGUGUUUGUCAGGUGACGGCGCUGGACUCCUGCUGGGCCGCGGCUGAGCUUCACGGCAGACGCGGCUUCGUCCCUGAGAACUUGCUGUCUCUCCUCCCUCACCCCUGGUUCGCAGGUCCGGUGUCGCGGCUGGAGGCCGAGCGUCGGCUGCGCUGGCAGGACCCCGGAGUGUUCCUGGUGCGAGAGAGCGAGUCAGCGCCCGGAGAGUUCUCCGUCUCCGUCAGCUUCGGCCAGCAGGUGGAGCACUUCCGGGUGCUGGAGGGCGGCGGCCACUACAGCGUCUGGGAGCAGCGCUUCAGCUCGCUCAACCGCCUGCUGGACUUCUACCGCCACCACAGCAUCGGCGUGGACGCGCCGCUCUUCCUGCGGGACCCGCCGGCAGAACCCCGCUCGCCGCCCCCCAACCCGUACCCCAACCCCUACUGCAUGAGCCCCGCCCCCGCCCCGCCUGAAGACGUGAGUGUGUGUCCUCAGAAGCCUGGCCUGGCUCAGGCCCUCCGCGACUUCACCCCCUCUCACCCCUCCCACCUCCACUUCCUGCGUGGCGACGUCAUCGAGCUGCUGCACUGCUCGGGGCCCGCCUGCAGGGGGCGCUGUCGAGGCCGGGUGGGGAUCUUCCCGCCCGAGUACGUGCAGCCGCUCCACCAGUGACCCCACGACCUCUGCCGCCAUCGACCCGACCGUCCGGUCCAGAACCCUCAAGCCCAGGUGAAUAAAUGCGUCCGACUUUGUUGCCGUCUGUGGUUUUUGCUGAACGAUCACGGCCGACACAUGAGGAGCAGCCGUGAGGUCAGAGCUGCGGCGCGAGGACGUCUCAGUGGAUCCACUGAUCCCAGGCUUUUAUUUGGGGCUGCAAAGUCACAGAGAUGCACAGAGGAGAGGAAAGCUGCGCAGAAGAGGAGGAGGUCCUGGUCCGGUGAGGGGCGCGGGGUCAGGCGAAGUAGGCGUAGAGGAAGAUGUUGACGCUGACCAGCAGGAGCGCGUUGACGCAGCAGAACCGGGACCAGAACACGCUCUCCUGCAGGCUGGCGUGGCGAGGGGGCGGGGCCUCGUCUGAACUCUGACCCGCUGCCGCGCACAGCCCCGUCUGCCAGCCGCAGGAGGCCCCCCUCGCUGGGGCCGCAUCUGAAGGUUGGACCAGGGGAGACGGUCAGUGGAAGCGUGGGUCACGACGUGGAGGUGUGCGUUUGUGUCCUCCACCUCAACAUGUCCCUGCUUGAGCUCUCACCGUGGUUGGAGCAGCGAUGGCUGAUGGACGAAACCUUCUGCAGAGGAAUGUCUCUCUGAGGCUCCUCAGUCAGAGUCCACCAGGUCAGGUUUCGCACCUGGAGGAAGGGCACGCUGAUCUUCAGCUCCUCUCAACACAGGCCAGCAGGUGGCGCUGCGAGUGAACCGCUCACCUGCUCAGGUGGGGGAGGGGGGGUGAGCAGCGACACCACUGCCACCACCACGGCCGUCAGGCCGCACAGCAGGAUGGCGAAGUGCAGGUAGUGGAUGCCCCGCAGCACGGCCGGCGCCGAGUCCAGCACGCCGCAGCGCGGAGGAGGGAAGGCGAACUCCAGAACCAUCCGGCACACGCCCACCACCAGGCCCACCAUCAGGCCCCAGAACGCCCCCUGCAGGAGGAGCAAAGACCUCACAGCAUUUCACCUGUUGUACUACAGGAAAACCCGCAGGAGGAAGGCGCAGCCCUGCAGGAUGUGGUGGCUGUGGUCGCUGGUGUAUUUCACUGGCUGACACCGAACCCUUACUGUUAGCAUUGAGGCUAGGCUACAUUAGCUGCGUGUUAGCGUCCCAGCAGAACAAACUGCUGACUUGUUUCCAGUCCGCCGCCUCACACGUGCUGACGGGAGAACGUCGUCCGGCGAGUGCGGGAAUGUGCCGCAGCAGGUUUGGCGGAAGACGCCGCACCUCUGCUCCGCCUCGCUGUCCGUCCACAACACACAGAGGACAUGAACACGUGAACCAGUGAGUCACCAGAGGCUGGAAACAGUUCGACCCAAAUCGCUGCUCGAGGCGUUGAAAGUUCAGAGUGAGAGUUGUGAAUCAAAUCUAUAGAGCAAAUGAACUUUACGAUUAAAAUAUGAUUUAAAAACACGGUUAUGAAUGGAUGAAGGGUCACAGAGGAAUGUAGCGAUUCGUCCUUGUGUAGAUGACAAAUACGAGUGGAACGUGACCUAGCAAGGACGUGUUUAGGUCACGUCCGGUGACCUCUGACCCCUGACACCACAACCUCUCGCUUCAAGUUGGAAUCAUGACUGACGUAUGACAUCAGCCACUGCAGUACUACAGUGAGUACCACACAGCGAGUAGUACUGCGACUGCGACCCGCCGCAACUGUCGCGCUCACGUGACCCCAGAUCCAAACUCUUAUCAGGGCAGUAAAUCUGCUUUCGAUGAUCAGCGUGAGAAGCUCCUGCUGACUCAGGUGAGAAAGCAGGGAACAAUAGCCGCAAUAAAGCGUCGCAGCACGUGACGCUCAUAAAGCAGCGCGAGAAACACAGGCGCCAUUGUUGCUCCUGCUGAGACACGGCGGUCCCUUCACUCAGUGGCGCUGGAGGUGUGAAGCCACAGGACGAGCACGUGGUACCACCGCCGCCACGCUGAGCCGUCUGCGUC